UUCAGCCAGAAAAGCAAAGAACAUGGGAAUAAGGCUUAUAAAGUCAUGAGGGAUUGGGGAAUUGUUGAAAUACACUCGUGUUUAGCAAAUUCUGAAGUCCUAAAACCAGGAACAAUUAAGAGAUCCUUCUAAUAAAAUAAAAGAAAGCUGAUUUAUAGGGCAGAUCCAAAACUUCUCGAAAAUAGAGAUAUUUCUAAGUCGGUUAGGUUUACAGAUGAUAAUUCCAUAGUAUGCUAAUUUAGGAAAAUGUGGACUAUUUUUCUAAACAUUUAAGGUUAGUAUCACAGAGGCCACCCACUCCCAAAACAUCCACUGGUUCCCAUGUGAGGUCCAGGCGAGCUCGGUGCAAGAGGAUAGUAAUCUGAAUCAGCAUGGCCCUUCUGUGUUAUCACUCUUCUGGGUCUGUGUUCCAGAGGGAAAAUCAACAUUGUGGCUGACUGCUUAGACAAAGCUCGUUCUGAAAGGAGGCUCAUUAAACUAAUUCUUAUUACUAUAAAUGUAUUUAUAAAGUUAGAAUUCUUCCAAAAAUUUUAGCAGGGCAGAUUAGAAGGUAGAUAAUAUUGGACAGUGACUUCUAAGAUUGGUUUCCAUCAGGCCCUGAAGGAAAGAAAAUUUGAAAUUGCCCUUUUCUUGGAAAAUAUUGAAUGAAGACUAAAACCCCAAAACUAAACCAACCAAAUAAAAGCCCACAAAUUUUACUAAAAAGGGAGAUAUUCUACCUAGAGCUCAAGUAAUACAAAUCUGUGUGUGUGCCCGUGGGUGUGUGUCUGUGUGAGCUCGCUGUGUAGAAUUUUUCAGCAUAGGUAUAAUCCAUCUUAAGUUUACUGAGACAUAUAAAAUGUAUUUGAUUCCAUAUAAGCAAUUCUGCUGCAAAACCAAGUAGUCACGUUAUGCUUUAGCAGUGAUUUUCUAAGUUAAUUCCCAGGGUUGUAUUAAUAAAGGACCCAAAUGUAGGAAAAUAGCAAAGGCAUUAGUAGCUUUGAUAAAGUACGGCAAUUAGAUCUUGCUUUGCUACGUAUUCAUACAAUAAAAGGUAGCACAUUGAAACAAUUGUCCAAAUAAUUCAGGCCUAAAAUAUAUUCACCUAAAAUGGCCAGAUAGUUGAGACAAGUGUGUCAUUUUGGUUUAAGUCGUCUGAAUCACUGCAUUAAUUCUCCUACUUUAAGUAGACAUAUUGAGGCUGUGAGAAAUUUUUAGGCUAGCAAGGAAUGUCUCUAGAUUUUUCUGUGAUUAUUUGUAGCUCUUUCCAUAACUGCAGUGAUCUCACAGUUUUACCUUUUAACCCAAGUCUAAUCCAAGCUGCAGGCUUCCUGCAAAAGAACCACCUAGGAAUGUUUGGGGAUUUCUGUGUAACCAAGCCCUAGAAAAGCCGAAGCCAGGGAGACAGCUUCUAAAUUCUGGAGCUCUUUCAGACUGCUCAUACUUAUCACACCAGGCUGAAAAUCACUUCCAAUUAUUCUAAAGAGCUCAGGAGUUGAGUUACUUAAUCAAGAGCUCUUAUACCUGGAUUAAGGUCUCAGACCAAGAGAACACCAUCAAGACCUGAUUGGAUAAUGAAAAAGGGAUUUUGCGUAAGAAUUCGAAGGGCUUGUUACACUGAAGAGUUACAAAAGGUAAUGAGAAAAGGAAAAUGCAUUCCUAGUAGCCAAACCUUUACUGCUGAUCUGAUGGAGGAGCGUAGUAUCUGUAGGAUAUAAUCUAUCUUAUAAAAACUAGGCAUUUCAUAGGUCAGUUAUACUUCAAAAACAAACUCAUUGAAAAGGAGAUUCGAUUUGCGGUUGCAGAGGUGGGGGCUGAGGGAAGGGAAUUGGAUGGAGGCAGUCAAAAAACUACAAACUCCUAGUAGUAAGAUAAAUAGACAUAAUGUACAACAUGAUCAAUGUAAUUAACACAGCUGUAUGUUAUGGGUAUGAAAGUUGUUAAGACAAUAAAUCCUAAGUGUUCUCAUUACAAGGGAGAAUUUUUUUUUUCUAUUUCUUAAAUUUUUCAUCUGUAUGAGAUGAUGGAUGUUCACUAAACUUACUGUGGUCAUCAUAUCAUGAUAUAUGUAAGUCAAAUAAUAAUACUGUCUUAAACUUAUCCAGAGCUCAAUGACAAGUAUAUCUCAAUAAAACAGGGGGAAAAAAAAUCCCCUCAGCCAAAAUAAGGAAAAAGAUCAGGCAUUUCACCUUUUAUUUGAACAUCCAACUCAACUUUUUUUUUUUUUAAUUAGAGAAGGGUGUAUUUAUCUAAGUGACUGGCUUAAUUUAUUUUUACAUUGUAGCUGAAUAAUAACUCUAGAGUGAAGCAUUGGCAGGGCUUUGUGAGGGAGCCUGGGUAACCUCAAAAUGAGGAUAAUAAUAGCACCUACUUCACAGGGCGGUGGUAAAGGAUGAACUUCAAAACUCCCGCAAGGCUCCUGGCACUGAGCGGAGCACAGGCAGAAUAUUCAGUACAGUGUUGCCAUCUGUAUCGUAAUUGUCAAGGCUUUUAUUAGAUGUUUUAAAAUGCAUGCAAAGUUUCCUGUCCAAAGGCAGAGGGGUUAGAAUGUAAAUGCUAUGGAGUUUUUCAGACUUUAUAACAAAUUAUUAAAGGUGGAAAGUUCCAGAUUGAAAUUAAGACACACAUUUAGAAACAUUGUUUCUUGAGCUUGUUUCUUACUUCCAAAAGGCAGGGGUGGGGAUCUCUGAUCUAAGGGUGCCCACCUCCCAUCUGAGCUUAUUUUGUCCUGCCUGCAGCCCUGUCUCUCACCACAGACAUCCAGGGAAGAAUGUCACUGCGGUGGGUUCCUUCCCUCUCAUUCAAAUCUGAGUAUCUAUGGUUUAUGUAUUAGAGUGAAUGAGGAACCAAGGAUGGUGUCUCAUCUACUAAUGGACAUGUCAUGUGUGAGUGGAUGACCAAAUUUCCGUGAAAGGGGACACAGCAGAUGGCAUCCCCCCAAUCUACUGAAGUUCCUUUGCAGAAUCAUCCAUCCUGCCUUGAUUUCUUUCUCUAAUUUGCCUUUUUUUGAGCACCUGUCCCUCUUCUCUCUACUCUCCAUGCGUUGCAUUACUAAACAAAUAAUCGAUGUGAAUAUUUCUGCCUGUAAACACUGUACCCAAAUAGAUACAAAUGAGGUUGAUUGUUGUGUUUAGCUGUUAACUUCCCAUUUACUUCCCUGGCCCCAGGUGCAUCACCAGCCAACUACAGAAAAAGGAUCAUCUCCUCUUCAAAGGGCCCACAGAGAAAGGCAUGAGAAAUAUGCUCUACGAUGUAAAAGGAGUAUGAAAUCUGGAUCUUCUCUUUUCCGGUCCAACAGAACAUUUAUUGAGCACCAACUGUGCACCAGAUACUGUGCUAGCUGUUAGGGGUACAGAGUGAUACCCAGCCUUCACAACGGAGGACCACCAGUCAACAGGUGACUUAAUGAGUUGUUAACCCUGGCGAUCAAGAUGUUACAGGGACCCAAGAACCUCGGUCCAGCCAGAUGAUGGUGAGGCAAAGAAUGAAGGCGGGGGUACAGCUGCAGUAUUGCAGAGAGAGGUUGAGACGAGGCCAGAGGGCUGAGAGGAUCCUGUGGUGACGGUCGCCUGGCCUGUUUUCCUUGAUGUCUUUCAGAUCGGAGCUGAUCAGAGCUGCAGACUUAUUUCUGAGUUUGCGCACUUGAAACUGGGCCUCCCAGUUUGAGGAAAGGGCGGGCUGCUCGCUACCUCUGACAUCUGCCCUGGACCACCCCGGGAGAGAAGGAGGGCUCUGGGGGAUCUGGCGCGUUGCUCCAGAAGGAUCCCCGGCCGCGGCCCCCGCACCACGCCCUUGGCCCAGGCCAGGACUGAGUCAGGUAGAAGAGUCGAUAAAACCACCUGAUCCAGGAAAAGGAAAGCACAGCGGAGCGCAGAGGGAAAGCUCCCAGCGGCGAGGCGCCGGGCAGCACCCCUGCGGCGGCGACGGCGGCGGCGGCGGCGGCGGACGGCGGCCCGGCCCGGCCAUGCCUGCGCUCUGGCUCUGCGGCUGCCUCUGCUUGGCGCUCCUCCUGCCUGCAGCCCGGGCCAACUCCGGGACGCAAGUCUGUGACUGCAAUGGGAAGUCCAGGCAAUGCCUCUUUGAUCAGGAACUGCACAGACUGACGGGAAAUGGAUUCCGCUGCCUCCACUGCAGUGACAACACGGCUGGCAUUCACUGCGAGAAGUGCAAGGAAGGAUUUUACCGACAGAGAGAGAGAGACCGCUGUUUACCCUGCAAUUGUAACUCCAAAGGUUCUCUUAGCGCCCGAUGUGACAACGCUGGUCGGUGCAGCUGUAAGCCAGGUGUGACGGGAGACAGGUGUGACCGCUGUCUGCCAGGCUUCCACACCCUCACGGAUGCUGGGUGCACCCAAGACCAGAGGCUCCUAGACUCCAAGUGUGACUGUGACCCAGCUGGCAUCUUGGGGCCCUGUGACGCAGGCCACUGUGUCUGCAAGCCAGCUGUCACCGGAGAGCGCUGUGACAGGUGCCGACCAGGCUACUACCACCUGGACGGGGGGAACCCUGAGGGCUGCACCCAGUGCUUUUGCUAUGGGCAUUCGGCCAGCUGCCAAAGCUCUGGCGACUACAGUGUCUAUAAAGUCACCUCUACCUUCAACCAAGAUGUUGAUGGCUGGAAGGCUGUCCAAAGAAAUGGGUCUCCUGCAAAGCUCCAGUGGUCACAGCGCCAUCAAGAUGUGUUUAGCUCAGCACGACGAUCGGAUCCCGUCUAUUUUGUAGCUCCUGCCAAGUUUCUUGGGAACCAACAGGUGAGCUACGGGCAAAGCCUGUCUUUUGACUACCGGGUGGACAGGGGAGGCCGACACCCAUCUGCCCACGACGUGGUCCUGGAGGGUGCUGGUCUACGCAUCACAGCUCCCUUGAUGCCACUUGGCAAGACGCUGCCUUGUGGGAUCACCAAGACUUACACGUUCAGAUUAAAUGAACACCCAAGCAGUCAUUGGAGCCCCCAGCUGAGUUACUUUGAGUAUCGGCGGCUACUGAGGAACCUCACAGCCCUGCGGAUCCGAGCUACUUAUGGAGAAUACAGUACUGGCUACCUUGACAACGUGACCCUGGUUUCAGCCCGCCCCGUCUCUGGAACCCCAGCACCCUGGGUGGAACAAUGUGUGUGUCCUGUUGGGUACAAGGGACAGUUCUGCCAGGAAUGUGCUUCUGGUUACAAAAGAGAUUCGGCCAGACUGGGACCUUUUGGCACCUGUAUUCCAUGCAACUGUCAAGGGGGAGGGGCCUGUGAUCCAGACACAGGAGACUGUUAUUCAGGGGACGAAAACCCUGACAUCGAGUGUGCCGACUGCCCCAUCGGUUUCUACAACGACCCGCACGACCCCCGCAGCUGCAAGCCCUGCCCCUGUCGCCAUGGCUUCAGCUGCUCCGUGAUGCCCGAGACAGAGGAAGUGGUGUGCCACAACUGCCCCCACGGCGUCACUGGUGCCCGCUGCGAGCACUGUGCUGAUGGCUACUUUGGGGACCCCUUUGGGGAACGGGGCCCAGUGAGGCCUUGUCAGCCCUGUCAGUGCAACAACAAUGUGGACCCCAGUGCCUCUGGGAACUGUGACCACCUGACAGGCAGGUGUCUGAAGUGCAUCCACAACACAGCCGGCGCCCACUGCGAGCAGUGCAAAGUGGGCUACUUUGGGGACCCCUUGGCUCCCAACCCAGCGGAUAAGUGUCGAGCUUGCAACUGCAACCCAGUGGGCUCGGAGCCCGUGGCAUGUAGAAGUGAUGGCAGCUGUGUUUGCAAGCCGGGAUUUGGUGGCCUCAACUGUGAGCAUGCAGCACUAACCAGCUGUCCAGCUUGCUAUAAUCAAGUGAAGACUCAGAUGGAUCAAUUUAUGCAGCAGCUCCAGAGUCUGGAGACUCUGAUUUCAAAGGCUCAGGAUGGAGGUGGAACAAUACCCAACACGGAGCUGGAAAGCAGGAUGCAGCAGACUGAGCAGACCCUUGAGGACAUUCUGAGAGAAGCCCAGAUUGCAGAAGGUGCUAGGACAUCUCUCCUUCGCCGGCUGGCCAAGGCCAAGAGCCAAGAGAGUAGCUACCGGAGCCGCCUGGAUGACCUCAAGAUGACCUUGGAAAGGGCUCGGGCCCUGGACAGCCAACAUCAGAACCGACUGCGUGAAACUCACAUGCUCAUCACUCAGAUGCGCCUGAGGCUGGAGGAGAGUGAAGCCGCCCUGCGCAACACCAACAUUCCUCCCUCAGAGCACUACGUGGGGCCAAAUGGCUUUAAAAGUCUAGCGCAGGAGGCUGCGAGAUUGGCAGACAGCCAUGUCGAAUCAGCCAACAGCAUGGAGCGACUGGCAAGGGAAGCGGAGGAGUUCUCCAAACAAGCGCUCUCCUUGGUGCGCAAGGCUCUGAGUGAUGGAGGCGGCAGCGGCCGCCUGGACCCCUCGGUGGCGCAAGGGCUUGUGGGAAAGUUGGAGAAAACCAAGUCUCUGGCCCAGCAGUUGUUGCUGGAGGCCACUCAAACCGACCUUGAAGCAGAUAGGGCUUAUCAGCAGAGCCUUCGUCUUCUCAAUUCUGCGUCUCAGCUGCAAGGGGUCAAUCAUCAGUCCUUUCAGGUAGAAGUGAAGAGGAUCAAAGAAAAAGCUGAUUCUCUCUCAAGCCUGGUGACUCAGCGUUUGGAUGAGUUCGAGCACGUGCAAAGCAAUCUGGGAAACUGGGAAGAAGAAACCCGGAAGCUCUUGCAGAAUGGGAAGAAUGGGAGACAGAAAUCAGAUCAGCUGCUUUCCCGGGCCAACCUUGCUAAAAGCAGAGCCCAAGAAGCACUAAGUAUGGGGAAUGCCACUUUUUAUGAAGUUGAGAACAUCUUAAAGAACCUCAGAGAGUUUGACCUGCAGGUUGAGGACAGAAAAGCAGAAGCUGAAGAGGCCAUGAAGAGACUCUCCUACAUCAGCCAGAAGGUUGCAGAGGCCAGCGACAAGACCCAGCGAGCAGAAACGGCCCUGGGCGGUGCUGCUACCGACGCCCAGAGGGCGAAGCACACAGCCAGGGAGGCCCUGGGGAUCACCGGCAAGAUGGAACAGGAGAUCAGGAGUCUGAUCUUGAAGGCCAACGUGACCGCAGAUGGAGCCUUGGCCAUGGAGAAGGGACUGGCCACUGUGAAGAGCGAGAUGCAGGACGUGGAAGGAGAGCUGGCGAGGAAGGAGCGGGAGUUCGACGCGGACAUGGCCGCGGUGCAGACGGUAAUUACAGAAGCCCAAACGGUUGAUAACAGAGCCAAGAAUGCUGGAGUUACGAUCCAAGACACUCUCAACACGUUGGACGGCAUCCUACACCUAAUAGACCAGCCUGGCAGUGUGGAUGAAGAAGGGCUGAUCUUACUCGAGCAGAAGCUCUUCCGCGCCAAGACCCAGAUCAACAGCCAGCUGCGGCCGUUGAUGUCAGAGCUGGAAGAGAGGGCGCUUCGGCAGAGGGGCCAGCUCCGCUCGCUGGAGAUGAGCAUAGACGGGAUUCUGGCUGAUGUGAAGAACCUGGAGCACAUUAGGGACAACCUGCCCCCAGGCUGCUACAAUACGCAGGCUCUUGAGCAACACUGAGGCCGCCUUCGAAAUUUCUCCACUGGGGUUCUUGGGAUUCAGACCUCAGGCCCAGGGGCCAUCUCAUGCGGGUGGGGUGGGAUGGGGACAUUUGAACAUGCUGAAUGGGCGUGCUCAGGUCAGCUGAACCUGGCCCCAUCCUGGAGACUUUGGCCAGAUAAAUGUCUUAGGGUACCAGUGUGAUACCGUUUGCUUCCUGAUGCGGGGCAAGGAGGCAGAUAGUCUUGGGGAUGAGACUCGGCAGGGCCAGGACCCCAAAGGGUAGACUGGAUGGAAGGACAAACUGCACGGGCAGAUGCUUGUCUCAGAAUAGGCAUAAACCGAGUUCUGGAGCAGGGACAUGUGCUGCUGGGUUAUAGGUAGCUUAUCCUUAGAAUCAUGUGACCAGAGGAAAAAAUUUUUUGACUUUGCCCACGCAUAGAAUUCUUCCUAAUGUCAGAACAGAGAGUGAAUUCCAGUCCUGCCGUGGCCAGUAAAACACUGUUGCCUCACCAUGUCCAAGGUGUUCUUGUCGAUCAGAGGUCCUCUCACUUAGCGCCAAGUACAUCAACACAUACUCGACUUUCAAGCUGGAAGAAGUGAGCAGUGGUGGAGUCGGGAGCUGUAAGGCUGGUACCCUGCUACCCUGAGUUCUCCUGGGCCUGGAAGUGACAUCCUUUCCCCUGAUGAUGCCAGGCAACUUAGUACGUUUUUAUUAAAGCAUUUUCUACCAGCAAAGCAAACACUGGGAAACACAUUUCUAUUUGCAUUUGGGUUUCAAGUGAUAGAAAAAUGGAGCUUGGGCACUGAAAGAGGUGCAAUUACCCAGAAGAUUUAUUAGUCCUAAUUCAAUCCCACUUUUCAAACACUAAAAAUUAUAUGCAUUAUGUGUUUUCUUCUCUCUCUCUCUUCCUACAACAGUGUUCAUACUCAUACUUGAGCUGGGUAGAGUCCAUCCUUCCAUCCAUCCAUCCAUCCUUAAAACAUAUAUUUAUUGAGUACCUAUUGUGUACAGAGGUAACGUAGUCUCUGUCCCCAUAGAACUGAUUGAAUAGUGAAGAAGACAAACCUUUAAAAAAACUUAAACUUACAAAUCCUGUUCAUCACAAGUGGUGUUUAUUGCAAUCAUCUCCUGGUUUGCAACCUCUUUUCUCAACAGAACAUAUGUUGCAAGACAUUCCCAUGGGGGCAUUUGGAUUUUGGCAAAUAGCUGAAAUGGCCCUCGGUUGUACACACUUCUUUGCAUUCCAGCUGUCACUCUGCCCCUUUCCACAACUAAUUGCAACAGAUUGUUGAGUCAUAACACCAGUGGGAAUUUCUGGAAAAAUCAGGCACAGAAAAACCUCGGCUCAGAAGACUUUGAUGCCGCCUCACCUCUGUGUUUCCUUGGCUUUUCAUGGACGUGUUUUUAAAUAAAGAACAAUUCUUAGAUGCCUAUGGUUGGUUUCUAAUUUGUUAAAUUCUAAGCUUAAGGUACAGGUACCACAGCAAUGGAAAUACAAAAAUGCUUCAGAAAGAGCAGUGAGCCCUAGAAUUAGCAUCUUGUAUUCUUUUUUUUUUCCCGAGAAUCUUGUUUUGCCCUUUCCAACCACGUGAGCCUUUUAUGAAGUUUAACUGGUGCUGUCUCCUAAGCAUAGAGAAGAAUUUAUUUUGGGAACAACCCGAGCAGGGUAGGGGUUACAAUGAACAUUUUGGUCUUUUUUGUCAGUUCCAAAAUAAAGGAAGAUCAAUAGCUUAUAGUACACUAUCAUGCUUUUUGAUAAACACAAAUGUUAUAAAUUAAGAUCCUGAGUUGCCCACCUACCCAAGUGCUGAGGAAAGGAUUCUGCUCCUGCCUACACUGACCGCCCCCCUCUCAAUUCUGGCAGAUCUGAUCACUUGGCUUUACCUUCUCUGAAAGUGCCUUUUUAAUCCUGUCUUGACAUAAUCAAUCACAUAUUUUACACAUUUGGUUAGAUUAACUACUAUAUCAUACAGGCCUAAACAUAUGCAUAACUCACUCAUGAUACUUUUUUGCUUACUCUCAUCACAUACUGGAUGGAGAUAAAGUUGGCAGGACGGCCCUCCACACAGCCAUUCCGGAGGCCCUGCCAUGGAUAACAUGUGGCUUCUAAGGCUGCACUAAGAAGCGUCUCCAUUCCAGGGGGUGGAAAGGAGAAGAGACACAGGAAAGUUUUGCGGGCCAGGCCUGGGAGGGACUGCACAGCCCUUCCUCUCACAUUCCGUGGUCCAAAAUCCAGUAUUAUGACCACAUCUAACGUGCAGAGGGACUGAGAAAUAUAGUCCCUGGGUGGGAAGUCACUUCUCAGUGACAAUUCUAUGCUGUGAAAGGGGAGAAUGCAUCCUUAGGGACUGGCUCUCUGUCUCUGCCACUCAUAGGAUUAGGUAGUGUAUAUUUGAGGGAACUCGGUAACUUGGUGGGGGAUCCCAUUAGCUAAUAACCAAGGGCACACGACCAUAAAAGGAUCCCUCAGUGGGAGAGAUUAAGAAAGUCAUAGGAAUGCCGUUCCCAACAAACGGAAGAUAAUCCCUGAGUAGAGAUGGGGCAUAGAAAAGUGACUCAUGUGACUCUCUUUGUACGGAGAAGAUCCCCUCAUUUCUCAGGAUGUGACAGGUUGUCCCCAAGCAGAGAGAUGGGCCUUGGGGCUUAGCUAUAGCCUACCUAGGUCUUAGACUUGGUUACUAGUCUUGACCUGCCCCGCCAAGUUAAGGGCACUUUCCUGCCUCUUUCUUAUCAAUGUUUUAUGAUUUGUGGUGAAAACGCUCUCGUGCUUCUCCUCUGAGAGUUUUCUGAUUACUUGUGCCCCUGGUAAGCCCUCACAUGCGUCAUCAGCUAUUUUGACUCAUGGGGAUUUCUGCUUGGAGAGGUGGAUAGAAAUGAAACUGCCCAUAGACUGUAACAUCUUAGCAGAUGUAUUUCCAAUCUUAUCCCAGGAUGUGGUUUCUUUCUAGUACUCUUGGGAGGCGGGACCAAAGAGUAAGAAGAUACUCUGUAAUGUCCAAUGUUUGGAACAAGUCUCAAGGACCAGGAAUAUGUUUAUUAUGUCUUGUUUAAUGUUUUGCAUGAUCAUGGGAAUGUUGCAGAUUCUUGCUGUGGUUCAAUUUUCCCUCCUGGAAGGAAGAGAUUAGAUUUUUUUUCCCCCUCUACUUUCUUCAUACUAUGGGCUACAUGGAAGUUUCUAGGAAAUUCCAAGACCUGAAGCUUACUUAUGGGUUGUAACGGGAAAAAAUGAGUAUGUCCAUGUAUGUUAAUUCAUAUACAGCAUAGAUAUUUUCUAAGUUAGCAUAAGUAAGCAAAAUAAACCAGUGUUUACACCCAAUUUUAAGUAAGAUCUCAUCAUUACAUAGUCUCAGGACAGAGGAAAAAACAUGUUUAGCUUUGUGACCCAAAUAGCAAACAUACAUAAAUACAAGCCAUCAAUUUAUAAGGCAUGUCAAGCGCCAUCAUGAUGAGCUGCUAAUCUACAUGCACACACACAAAGCUGACUAAUCUCAGUCUUAGACAAAAAAGAUACUAAGAACCAAAAUGAUUUAAAAAAAAUAACUAAUCUGACAAACAAGAAGCUAAGCCUUAAAUGAGCUGGCUGAAUGGGGAAUUGUUAUUUUUACUUUCCGAAUCAUGACUGCUAUCAAUCAGCCAAGGACAAUCACUAUUUAGACCUAAACCCAUACUUAAUGUAUGUCACAACUAAAAAAUAAAUAAGAAUAGUCAUAGCAGGAUUGAACAACAGACUUAUUCAUUUUUUGCUUGUUUGUCAAAUAAAACCAAUUGUGAGUUUAACAAUUUCUGUCUUAAGCUCUUUUAUGUCAAGAAGUAAGUUAUUCAAGUUGUUAAUUUUCACCAAUAUAUUUUUAAUUCACAGAGAACUCAUUUCAUUCAAGACCCAAGCUAACCAAUACCAGACUGUGCAGACUAGGUAGAACCCUAGAUCUGAUUUUUGAAUAAAUUGAGAAAAUUUAAGCACGACCGACAAAUUUGCUCAUUAUUCUUCCCUGUUUAUGACCCUUGGGUAUAGUUUAUACACUUUCAUAUUUCACAUGCAGCAUCAGUAAAACCAGGCAGAAAAUCAGCUCUAAGAACAUUCUUACAACCACUGACUCCCAUCAAGUGAGACUGUGAAAAAAAAGUGAUUAAUUCUACAACUCACAAAGAAGAUUCUAGACAAGACAUGAGACUCCAGUAGCAUCAUCUUAUUUAUUAACGUCAUCGAAACAGUUUGCUGAUAAAACUUUUGUCUCUAACUAUUCUAACAACAAAAUUUUACUCAAAAUAUUUCACUGUGAGAUGGUGUGGCAACUUGAAAGUAGUUUUUAUUAAUGUGUGGAUUUCCAUAGAGCAAAUCUUACUCUGAAAAUGGCAGACUCAGUGACCAAAAAGUGAUUCCAAAAAGCUUCCCCCUCCCCAUGCCAAUCCUUGAGACUGCUUGGACCAAGCAGAAGUCUGGCCCCAGACCUAGACCGAAGGAGGCGGGAAAGAGUGUAACUCAUUCCUAACCAACCAGGACAAGCUCAUAGGACAUUUCGAACGCACACGAAAGAGAAACCACAUGACGAAUCGCGUCUACUGGGCAGCGAUAGGAAGGUGUGGACCAAAGGGAAUGAACAGAGAACAUUCAUCAUCUUUACCACGAUGCUAAUCCUAAGGUGUCCACAUGGGAUGAGCUACAAAAUCGAUCCCUGUUUCCAUCCUUCCCAUCACCUGCUGUAGUAGCCUUGGGAGAGAUCCUGAGCUUUCCAUAUUCUGCUGAUUUAUUUUUGCAUUGCUCUUUUGAUGAAUAAAAUAUAACAACAUGCUUCUCGCUCUUAGUCCUCUAAAGUGUGUGUGUGUGUAUUGAUUUGGGAGAGCAGAUUUGGGCUAUUAAAAUAUAAGUCAUGUCUCCCUGUAAUUCUCUGCCUUUUGCUGUGGUUUGACUAUGGAGUCUUGCUUUCUAGUUAAUUAGGACAGCAAGUUCUUUUAGUCUUUCUGAGAAGCUGGAGCAUGAGACUAGGGAGUGUUGGGGAAAGGUUAACCAAGCCAGGACAGAAAGAACAGCGUCUCUAGAAGCUCUAGUUCUGGGUUUCAGGCACUUCAGUAAGAGACUUUCCUCCUCUGUUCCCACGCACAUUCACGGAAAAUGAAAGCAAGAAGCCCCCAGAGGCUGCCUGGGGGCUGGAGAGGGGGGUGAGUGAGGUACCAGCAGGCAGCACAGACCCUGCCCUCAAAGGGCCACUCCUUGAGGAGAGUCAGGGACACAGAAAGUUUCCCUCCUGCCUGUUCUUAUAUAUCAGCUGCUUUCAUAAGAGUGGGAAGGACACUCUUUAUUUGGGAGACAGGAAAUGAGGCUCUAGACCCCUCUCGACACAAUCCUUGCAGUCCAUGCCUUUCUCACGCUCUCUGAGCCUGUGGGUUGGCUUCUGCAGGAAAGAAAAGGACCUCUGAAUGGAAGUCGGGGCCUUGAGGUCAUCCUGUGGGCAGGUGGGGCACUGCUCCCAACUGUGAAUCAUCUCUCUGGUGUUGGCCUUGGCUGGGUCAUGGCCACCGUGCCUGCCCUGGACUGAGAAAGGGGCUCUGACCUCCCUCCAGCAGGUGAAGGACCUCAGGGAAGGGAUGGACAAUUCUACCCAAAAGGGGGUACACUUUUCCUUGUAUUAAAGAAAAGCCAUUUUAACACGAUCCUUGUGAUACAUCCAAGAUCAGAUCUGCCUCAUUUCACUCCUCGAAACCGAUGUCCAUGCCCCCAUUCUUUUCCCUAGUUCUUCUCACUCUCCC